AUGGACACCGAGGACGGUGAGUUUGUGGUGUGCGGUACCGGUGGCACCCCGGAGGACGCGCAGUUUGACAAUCUUGUUGGCGUCAUUGAGGACUUCAUAGCAAACUUUGAUGCGGAUGUCGUUUUCCGUCAGCUGCCACCCUUUUCUUCCUUACCGAGUGAUCACGAAAGGUAUGGGCUGCACAAGGAAGUGAUUGCGCAGACGGAAGCGGAGUUAGACGCCUACGUGUUGGAGCAUUGCGAGUCGAUUGCGUCUUUGAAGGAUGCGACAGCUUUACUUUCCAACCGAAGCGAAGAAAUUGCGGAUGAGGUGUGGGAUUUCAUCACGCAGGGCUGCUUUGAUUACACGACCUUCGCAGAGCUGUGGAAGAAGCACAAUAGGUAA